CUAACCAAUGGCAGCCAAGCUGGUUUGAGACGGCAUGAGGCCGAUAUUUCCUGUGUGCAGGAUGUUCACAAAUAAUCGAUGGAGAGGAUUUUAAGAGCGAGUCUAAGCUAAUAAGAUUCUUAAAUAACGGAGCAAAAAUCGAAACAGGAGCAACCCCCUGCCACCAUGUCGCUGGAAAGCCCCAGCCAAGCCCCCAAUGCCAGCUGCAAAAUCAUGACCUUUCGGCCCACCAUGGAGGAGUUCCGUGACUUUGUCAAGUACAUCGCCUACAUUGAAACCCAAGGAGCCCAUCGUGCUGGCUUGGCCAAGGUGAUCCCGCCAAAGGAGUGGAAGCCACGGCAGUCCUAUGAAACGGUGGAGGAGAUGGUGAUCCCAGCACCCAUCAUGCAGGUGGUGACAGGCCAGUCGGGCCUCUUCACGCAGUACAACAUCCAGAAGAAGUCGAUGACUGUGGGCGAGUACCGCAAACUGGCCAACAGCAAGAAGUACUGCACCCCUUGUCACAAAGACUUCGAUGACCUGGAGCGGAAGUACUGGAAAAACCUGACAUUCGUGUCGCCCAUUUACGGUGCUGACAUCAGUGGCUCCCUGUAUGACGAGAACAUCGCAGAGUGGAACAUCGGCCACCUGAACACCCUGCUGGACAUGGUGGAGCAGGAGUGCGGCAUCGUGAUCGAGGGCGUCAACACGCCCUACCUCUACUUCGGCAUGUGGAAGACCACCUUCGCCUGGCACACGGAGGACAUGGACCUCUACAGCAUCAACUACCUGCACUUCGGGGAGCCCAAGUCCUGGCUGCAUUCGGAGUACGUAUGUGUCAUGGUGGAGCGGCAAGGCUGUCCCAUUUUCAAGGCUCCAUCAAAUGCGGUCCAGGAGUGCAUCCCUCUUUUGCCGAGUCGCGUAGGAUCCACCCACUGGAUCCCUGGCAGCCCACCAUGCCCCAAUAUUCAUUGCGCAGAGGUAAAGUGGGCGUGUCCCGGCCAGGCGAUAGGAGUGGCUCUCUGUGACUGAAGGGUAAGAGGGGACGGCUGGUGAUGCGAACUGGAAGUCAUCCGUGGGCCAGAGGUCCCGUCCCAUUUGACACUCUUUCUGUUCAACCUUCGAAGGAUGCAGCCCCUGAAUUCGGACACAGCCAGUUUGCUGCACAUGGUGGUGCAGUGGGUAGUGCUGUUACCCAUAGUUGGGGCUUUGAAUCCCACCUUUACUCUAUAUAUGUAUGUAUAUUGUCUCCAAAUUAUCCAAGGUAUGUGAUUCUGUGUGCAAGGGUAUGUAUGUAUGUUACGUCCCUUCCAGGGACCCCCACCCCUGGCCAGGAUAAGCGUUUAGAAGAUAAUCAUAUAGAUAUACACUGUAUAUGCCACAAUACAUUAAGGCUGCUGUCCGAAGUGGUGUUUUUUGCUGAUGUAGCAGACUGAUGGGUUUUUGAACUAUUUUGCUGCAGUGUUGCUUAUGUCACUUUCUUAAAGAAGCCUGAUAGGCCAUUAUUAAUAUGGCAUUAAUACAUAACAUGUACUCAGUGUGUUGCCUUGACUUGGCUGCUGCUGCCCUUAGCAAUGUGCUUGAUGCUGUUGCAGGCCUUGUGUAGGGGGUACCUUUGUCCAGACGGGGGCUGCCUCUCUCUCUAUAAGCUCCAACAUUCAGGGCAAGUACCUCAGCCUAACAACUGAGGCCGAGGUACUCCGCCUUUCUCCAUCACCAUACCCUUUUGCUGAGAUUUAAGCUGUUUUGUAGCUUGUUAAUUAAGUUGUCGGAAUGUCCAAUAACAAUGGCUUUGGCCCGGCUUGCUUUUAAGACCCGUUUUACUGCCCCAGAUCAAGGUGUGUUUUCCCCAGAGGUUUAUACGUUUAAAGAAACUGGGUUUCUCCCACGUCAAAGUGUGUGUGUGUGUGUGUGUGUGUGUGUGUGUGAUUAAACAUGUAGAAGUGGUUCUGGAGCAGUUUGACUAGAGAAUGAAGGAAAAGCGGCCAAUGAGAGCUCAGCACAUGUGGCACCUCCUUCAGAACAGCUGGGAAAGCAUCUUAGGAGGCCACCUCAUGGACCUGGCAUGGAGGAGUCAGCAUCAUCAGCCUGUCCCCGGAGCAGUUGGGGUUAGGGGUUAAGAGUCUUGCUCAAGGGCCCAAUGACCACUCUGCUGACCCAGGGAUUUGAACCAGCAACCUUCUGAGUUCCAACCCACAGAGCUGACCCCUUCCCAAAAACUUUAUUUUUUUGUUUAAUAGUUUUUUUGGUGGUAAGUGCAUAAUCCAUCUAUGUUAAGUUAUAGUUUUAGAAUAGAAUUAUUCUAAAAUGUAGAGAAUAGUGCAAAUAAACUUGUCUAUGUGUACGUGUAUCCAAACUUUUGACAUUGGUACCGUGUAUGUGUGUGUGUGUAAAUAUAUAUCUGUGUGUGUGUCCACAGUAUGAAAAAUGUGAAAAAUGCUGUGUAUUCGUUCAUUGUUUGUAAGCCUUCACCGGUGCCCCCCCCCCCCCACUAGGUCUGACACCUCUAGCUCUGCAUGUUCAGCCCUCUUUCAUAUUGCUGUGUUUUCCUUGCUUGCUGCUCAGUACCAUCAUUUCAGCAGGAGAUGCUCCCCCAAGCUCAGUUCCAUGCUUCUGUCUAGCACAGUGUUUCCCAAAUCUGGUCCUCAUGGACCCACCUGCAGUCCACAUUUUAUUGGGAGCUGGGAGCAGAAACAUGGACCGUCUGUGGGUCCCUGAGGACCGGAUUGGGAAAUGCUGGUUUAGGACUUUCAUCCUUGCCUGUUUUCUCCCUGAGUCUUUCUGUUUAUUCGUCCGCUCUCAGAUACUGCGUGCUUUAAUAUGAGCCCCUCCCCCUCCAUGCACAUACGGGACAGGAUCCCGGCCUUCAGACUGCCUGUCUCCUGCCUGCCCGGCGCUCGCCGCCUGCGAUCUCAUUAGGAGCGACAGCUCACUCAAUGUCCCCCACUUUUAUUGAGCGAGACGCUACAUUCGUCCAAGUGCAGCCUUCUCUAUUAAUCACCUUGGAAGCAGCGGGAAGUAGACGGGACAGAUACAUGAUUACAGAUUAAGACCACGCUUCUGCUUUCGUUCCCCUCGAAAUAAACUGGAAACUGAAACCAAUUUAUCUCGGAGGAAAUGGACACUAUCUUGCUGGAACUCUUACUUAUUAACAGCAACAGGCAUUCGUCCAUGUAUUCUACUCUCUAACCAUAGCUGUGCAUUGUCUUUGAGUAAACAAGUUUAAAUGUAUAAGUGAUUGGCCCUUUAAAAAAUGCCAACAAAAUGGUAGUUCCGAGAAACAAGAGCAACAGUGCUCAGGCUGCCGUAGCAGUGUCUUUGUUUGCUGGUAGCUCAGCACUCCUCGCUCCCCAAUCAGUCACCCGUCGUCAGCCCAGGCUAGGCUAUGUACAACUCCGUCUCUAAUGGAGAUAUGACCAGCCCUGUGGGCAUUGUUCAUGUCAAGCCAGCACUGUAAUGCAGCCUGCGGCGGCACAGGGGCAGGGGGGCGCUGGCAAGUGAGGUGGUGGGGCCAGCACUCCUACAGUCAGUGACACACAGGAGAGUGGCUUUCUGUAGAAACUGAGCUGUUUUAUUACCAAGUACUAGCGAUGGCUAAAAUGAUACUUCAUGAACCAUCUGCGGAAUUUUUUGACCCCAUUAGAUGGUGCUCUUGCCUGGCUUUGGGGCAUCCUUUCGGGCAUGCUUUGAGCCCUUUUCUCAACAGACAGCACCAUCUAGUGGUGUAGAAAAAUACUGCAAAUGGUUCAUGAAGUGUCGUUUUUUUUGCCAUCACUACCAAGUUCUUUACAAAAUUACCACCCAAAACUAAACUGUAGGUUCUCUUUAGGCUAUUUCUUUAUUGAAUGUUGGGAAGAGGCAAUUGUUUAUCUUGAUACAUUUGUUUAUUCUGUUGUAAUAAUAAGGAGGUCUUGCUAGUCCUUAUGGCAGGGUUGCCCAAUUCUGGUCCUGGUGGGCCAGAAUCCAGUUGCAGAUUUCCUCCUCAAACUCAUCUUAAUCAGCUAAUUACCAGGUUUAGUAUGUGUCUCUGAGCAGGGAAUUCUGCAAGCCAUGUUGCAAACUGGCUCUCCAGGACCGGAACUAGCGAUCCGUGCCUUAUGUGCUGAGUAGUGGCAUUGAGUUUUUAAUAGUAAAUAAUGCUCAUGUCCAUCAUUCCUGAGUGUCUCCUGCCUUGUGCACUAUUCAGCCUGGGAUAGGGCAUGGACUCACUGCAAACCUGUGUGUGAUUAUGGAAGACGGAUGGGCCUUUUUAUACUCGUGUUAACCCAAAAACAAUUACCCGGUUCGUCGGUUCUAAGAAGGAUAUUUUCUAAGGAAUAUCAGGAAGUCUAAUAUGAACAAUACUUUAACCGCUGCCGUGUUUAUCUGCUCCCAGCAGCGUAAUCAAAAAACGUCAAGGAGAAAAUAACAGUAAUAUGAUAAUACGCAAGCUUCAAGCAGUAAUUCCACGUCCUCGGGCGGGAUGUGCUGCUCUUUAGCCGAGGCGUUCCUCUCGUCUUUCUGCAUGUCUGAUUAUACUUUAAUCAGAUAGUUGAGAACAACCUUUAUACAUCAAAAUGGCGAGGUGUUCUGGAACCUUCCCGUCUACGUGUGGCUCGCGCUUCCAGAGCGCGGAAACAAAAAGGGAUUAAUUAUGUUUCUCAUUUAAGAGGGAUUAUAUUAUGAAACACUCUGUGGAAUAAUAAGGUGAUUAUUCUGUAUUUAGAUGAUUUCACCCCAUCAGUGCCAUUCAGUAAUACUAAGUUUGGAAAAGAUUUAAAUUAAUUUCAUUCUGUUGACAUAUACAUUCAGACUCUUAAUUAUGAGCCAACAUAAAGCAGGAUAAAACCUGUUAAAUAUUAAAUUGCCUCUUGAACCUUUUUGAAAUUUUACACAUAAUUUUUAGUUAUACGGCACCUUAGCUGAUUGCUGCCUCUGCUAAAUACCUCUCUUGCUAUGUUUUUUAUUCAUACCGUAUUCAUACACAAAUGAGGUUAUAAAGGCAGCCAUUUAGCUGGGCUUAGAUUCUCUCUUUGCUUCAGUAUGUACGUGAGACCUGCCUUGGAUUUCUCUUUCCUUUUACGAAAGGUCUCCUCCUUUUCCAUCCAUCCAUCCAUCCAUCCAUCCAUCCAUCCAUCCAUCCAUCCAUCCAUCCAUCCAUAACCGCUUGCCCAGGGCAGGGUUGCAGGACAUGAGGAUUUGGCUCCCUGAAUGGACACCAGUUCAUACUUCUUGAUAUAAUGUGUUUUUGUAAAAUGCUACAUAACUCCCUGGGCAGAGUGAUCUUUCCUUGUCAUUUGCUAAAAGCAAAUUUACUCACAUGGUUGCACCCCCUCAACACUGUUUAACGUGAAGGAUUUUUCUUCCUGUUUGAAAUUGAAUUAUUUUCACUUUCCUGGUAAUUACAGUAUGUUAAACCGGGCUCUGUGGCUGUUUGCCUUAGCCCUGUGCAGCCACUGUGAAAUUAACUUCUUUCCCCUCCAACUCGGCUCCCAUCAAAUUCGUAUUCCGCCGACCAAGAUCUUCUGUCAGAUUUCCGGGAGAUUGUGGUGCAGCCCGUGGAGGGAGGCUGUUGGUGAGAAAACAUUCCCAGUGAAGAACAGGACAGUUGGUUUAUCAAUGUGUAUUUUUUUUUAACUUAUAUUUAAUUGAGAAGCUGCAGUUCUAUGGAUGGAAAUAAUUCACGUCAUAGAAACACAAAAUCUGUAAUUUCAGUAACGAAAUUCGAGAGUCUUACAGCCCUGGGACACUAGUGAAUGGGCACAGGGAACGUGAACCUCGUCAGAUAAUUGUACACACCAAGGUAUUGUCUUCACAGUGCAGAAGAGGAUGGGACUGCCUGCUUCCCGCAGUUUUGACAUGAAGCCCGUCUUUUGGAAUUUGGAUUUUUGUCACUUCUUUGACACUGUAGUUGAAAGACUCACCAGUCCAAACCUCUGCAGUUUAAAGGGGCUGGUUCCGGUGGUUUCCAAGUUAACCAUCCAUUACCCUUCUACGAACCUGCCCCUUGUUUUAUUAAGAUGCCCCCAGCCAUCUC